CUGUCGGUGCCCGGCCCAUGGCCACGCUUACUCUCAAGCCCCUGAACAGCCUAACCUGGGAAAUACAGACUAUGCAUUUGAGAUGGCCAUUUCGAACAUCCGAUAUGGAGAAGGAGUUACUAAAGAGGUUGGCAUGGACCUGCAGAAUCUUGGUGCUAGAAGAGUUUGUUUGAUGACAGAUAAAAACCUCUCCCAGCUCCCUCCUGUAAAUGCAGUAUUGAAUUCCUUGGCAAAAUAUAGGAUAAACUUUCAGAUGUACGACGACGUCCGGGUGGAACCAACAGACCAAAGUUUCCUGGACGCCAUUCAGUUUGCUAAAAAGGGCGAGUUUGAUGCCUAUGUUGCUGUUGGAGGUGGGUCUGUACUGGACACCUGCAAAGCUGCCAACCUGUACGCAUCCAGCCCCACGUCGGACUUCUUGGACUACGUCAAUGCUCCCAUUGGGAGAGGAAAGCCUGUCACUGAGCCCCUAAAGCCACUCAUUGCAGUUCCUACCACAGCUGGAACUGGAAGUGAAACCACUGGUGUUGCCAUUUUUGACUUCAAAGAGCUAAAAGUAAAAACUGGUAUUGCUUCAAGAGCUAUUAAGCCAACGUUAGGCAUCGUCGACCCUUUACACACGCUGUCUAUGCCUGAGCGGAUAGUGGCCAACAGUGGCUUUGAUGUGCUUUGCCAUGCUCUGGAAUCGUACACCGCUCUCCCUUACAGCAUGCGUAGUCCCUGCCCUUCAAAUCCCAUCAACCGGCCGGCUUACCAAGGCAGCAACCCCAUCAGUGAUGUCUGGGCCCUUCAUGCUCUGCGCAUCGUGGCUAAAUAUUUGAAAAGAGCCAUCAGAAACCCUGAAGACCGUGAAGCAAGAGCAAACAUGCACCUAGCAAGUGCUUUUGCUGGUAUUGGCUUUGGCAAUGCUGGUGUUCAUCUCUGCCAUGGAAUGUCUUACCCUAUUUCUGGUUUGGUGAAAACUUAUAAACCAAAGGAUUAUAAUGUGGAUCACUCUUUAGUGCCACAUGGCCUUUCUGUGGUGCUGACAUCCCCAGCAGUGUUUGCUUUCACGGCACAGAUAUGUCCUGAGCGGCACUUGGAAGCUGCAGAGAUACUAGGAGCUGACAUCCGCACUGCCAGAGUGAAAGAUGCAGGGUUUAUUUUGGCAGACGUACUCCGGAAAUUCCUGUUUGAUCUGAAUGUUGAUGAUGGUUUAGCUGCAAUUGGCUAUUCUAAAGCAGACAUCCCUGCGCUAGUCAAAGGCACUCUGCCUCAGGAGAGAGUGACCAAGCUAUCACCACGCUCCCACACAGAAGACGACCUAUCUGCCCUCUUUGAGGCUUCCAUGAAGCUCUAUUAGCUUAAACAUUUUGUUCUGAAAAGUGUGCUCUGUUCUAACACAGAAGUAAUUCCUCAUAGAUAUGGGGCUGAAUUUGUUAAGAGAAUGGAAGAACUCUGGUACCUUUGACUUCUGUGCCACUGUACACUGACUCAAGGUCAAGUAAUUUUUCUAUUAAUUAACUAAAUUGUGCUUUGAAGUGAAGUCCUGGCUGUGGGUUUUUUCUUGCUCUGUAGUCAGUGGCAUUAACUUGAAUAAAAGUUGGAGCAGGUUUCUCACUGCACUGAAGGCUUUCUUGUGCUUUAGAGGUGGUCAAAGGUGGAAGACUGUUUGAAGGACUAUUCCAAUCCGUUUUACAAAUUAUGGUUUUUAUUUC